AUGCUCUCCAAAGGGGCCUUUUUGAUGCUGCUCCCCCUCUUGCAGGGGGUUAGCGCAGAUUGGACUACGACCAUUAAUGCUACUGUCGCCGUGUCGAAUGGCUUGGAGCCAGUUAUAGACUUCACCACUACGGCGUCAGGUGUUACACAUCACUUACCGACCACUGCAUUGGGAACAUUUAACCACAAGCAUAGUCACAAGGAGGUUUUCACCACUGUCGUUACAGUUCCUGAUGGCAAGGUUCCUGUCGUUCACUAUAUCACUAAGACCGAUCAUGAGAAACACUCCAGCCAAUCUUCUGGAGGUGCGUUGUCCCACUCUAAAAAACAUCCCAACCCAAAAUAUACCCACACCAAAUAUAUCUCCCCAGGAAAAACCCAUACCAAGUCUUCCAAUCCAAAACAUACUACCCCAAGAAAGACCCAUACCAAGUCUACCAAUCCAAAACAUACUGCCCCAAGAAAGACCCUUACCAAAUCUUCCAACCCAGAACAUACCACUCCAAAAAAGACCCAUACCAAAUCUUCCAACCCAGAACAUACAACCCCAACAAAAACCCAUACCAAAUCUUCCAUCCCAGAACAUACCACCCACACAAGGUCUGAAGACCUGAAGUCUACAGGCAUGAAGACUGAGAGCCAGAAGUCGUCAAGCCCGAAGUCUAAAGGUGCCGCAACUGAAGGCUCGAAGUCCAAUAGUCUAAAGUCGUCAAGCCCGCAGUCAACAGGUGGAACUACUGAAAGCUCGAAGUCAUCAAGCUUGGAGACUCCAGGUCCGAGAUCAAUAAUCCCAGAGUCUUCAACCACCGAUACUUCCAUUACCAAAUCUUCAAGCACCACUCCUCAACUCUUGCCUGGAAGCUCAUCAGCCCGGUCUUCUAUAGUUAUAGCCGCGGAUCCGACAACCUCGACAAAGGCCGUCAACACACCGGCCGCAACUAGUACUCAAAAGAUGAGCACCGCCAGUGAGUCGGCACCUACUGUUCGCGCUUCUAGUGCGCCAGCAGAUACUUUGGAUGACACUACGACUACUGCUUCAACUGCUCCCAAAAGCCAAUCCAAGGUUGCAAGCACGGCAUCGGGCUCUGUUUUUGGUGGUGUUGGCGUUGGAGGCUUGGGUUCAACGUCUCAAACAGACUCUGCCCUGCCUAUAGCCGCCUCAUCGGCCAACACCGGUAACGGAUCCCAAGGAAAGACAGCCACAGCCUCUGGAGCAGCCACAGCAUCUGGAGCAGCCACAGCAUCUGGAGCAGCCACAGCAUCUGGAGCAGCCACAGCCUCUGGAGCAGCCACAGCCUCUGGAGCAGCCACAGCUUCUGGAGCAGCUACAGCCUCUGGCACAGCCACAGCAUCUGGAACUGAUACGUCUGGAACUGGUACUACGACUGGAGCAAGUACCACAGCUGCAUCAGGCCUUGCAAAUGCGCCUGAGAUCACCUCACAAACCGGUGAUCUCGCUGCGUAUGCACCUACCGGUACUCCAGUUCCCGAGGCAUGGCCCGCCGCCGCGAUUAUCUCGUCUUCUGGUCUCGACACAGCAGCAGAGGUUGCUGGUGGUGCAGCCCUUGGAGCUCUUGCCGGCUCGCUUUUCAACAAUAUUGGUACUCUUUCUUCAGACCCUGUAAAGUAUGCGAGUGAAGUCGGGACUCUUGGAAGCCAAGCUUCGAAUUUUCUCUCUGGCAUCAAUUACUCAGGUUCUUCCCCUUGCUCUGGCACCUUGAAGAAGAGAGGUCUAUUCAGUGCUAUCAGUGGCAUUGCCAAAGCUGCGACUAGUAUUGGUACGGGUGCUGUAGGUGACGCUUUAAGCGUUGCAGGUGAUGCAGCUAGCUGCCUCGAGUCACUUGCCGGUAGCGCAAAGAGCAUCAUCCCCGAUACGGCGGAAGCUGUCACCCCAGAUAUUGAGGCCGAGGUCAAGAAAGCCGCUGAAUAUAUGGACACAAUGGGUAGCGUUGUGGAAGAUAUGACGAACAAGGCCAAUGAAGAAGAGCAAAAAAUCCUCAUCAUCGUCGUCUUCAUCAUCGUCGUCUUCAUCAUCGUCGUCUUCAUCAUCGUCAUCUUCAUCUUCGUCGUCUUCAUCUUCGUCUUCUUCAUCUUCGUCGUCUUCAUCUUCGUCGUCUUCAUCUUCGUCGUCUUCAUCUUCGUCGUCUUCUUCCACGCCUUAUCGUCUGGUAUAUCCUCAAAGGUCCGCUCGUGCUCCGCCAAGUUCAAGACCCUUAGCGGCUCGUCGAUCCCCUACUCGACAUCGCCUCCGUCCUCUAUACCAAUGUCCUACGCGUCAGGCUCAAAGAUUCGCUCAUGCUCCGCCAAGUUCAAGACCCUUAGUGGCUCGUCGAUUCCCUACUCGAGACUGCCUCCAUCCUCGACACCAAUUCCCUACGCGUCGGGCUCAAAGAUCCGCUCAUGCUCCGCCAAGUUCAAGACCCUUAGUGGCUCGUCGAUUCCCUACUCGACAUCGCCUCCGUCCUCGACACCAAUGCCCUACGCGUCGGGCUCAAAGAUUCGCUCAUGCUCCGCCAAGUUCAAGACCCUUAGUGGCUCGUCGAUUCCCUACUCGAGACUGCCUCCAUCCUCGACUCCAAUGCCCUACGCGUCGGGCUCAAAGGUCCGCUCAUGCUCCGCCAAGUUCAAGACAUUGAGUGGCUCGUCGAUCCCCUACUCUCCGUCCUCGACACCAAUGCCCUACGCGUCGGGCUCAAAGGUUCGCUCAUGCUCCGCCAAGUUCAAGACGUUGAGUGGCUCGUCGAUCCCCUACUUGCCGUCCUCGACACCAACUGCCUACGCGUCGGGCUCAAAGAUUCGCUCAUGUUCCGCCAAGUUCAAGACCCUGAGUGCCUCAUCAACCUCGAGAUCACUACACUCUUAUGGAAUUACUUCCUCGCCAACUGCAAGCUCGACAGCGAUGACGACAUCUACAGCAACCCUUCCCACUACCAUCCCUAUGUGUGUGAUUCAUUCAGGCCCCGAUGUUCCCACAGCUUACUGCACAUGUUCAACCACAACUGAGGGGCAGACCUUCUAUGCCUCGACCAGCCUAUACACCAACGGCCAGUGCUACGAGUACACCAGCUUCCCUACAGCGGUUACUCCGACAACAAGUACACCUGCACCUACAGAAACUACCCUGGAUACGCCUUUGAUUUACUCUACCGCUACGGAUGGUCUCAUUGUUUCUUGGGCAGAGGAAAUCGUAGAACCUAGUACAACGGUUGGGUAUGGCACUGCUGCGACGUUGCAAGUGGCCAUGCCAUCAGUGACCUCCCACAACAACAAGGGCGCGUACAGCUGCAAGAGUAUUGGCAGUACCUGCAAGAAUGCCGUUAAGCAAUAUAUCAACGACGGAAAUGACGCCAGAGUUUUCAACCAGUACACGUCUUUCGUCUCGGACGCUAGCAGUGGAAUCAUUGUGGCAGCAACUUUCGGCAAGGCCGGUUGUACAGCCCACUUCAAGUGCAAUAACGACGACUAUGGCUUUGGCAUGACUGGAAGGCAGAUCUAUGAAGGUGCUGAGUUCUUGUGGGACGAAGGCAGUGUUAAAAGCUGUGGAAGUGUAUACUGGGACAACGGCUGUGGUCUCACAAUGAACUACUGCACCAGCUGCAAAGAGAGUAACCAGUAUUCUUAG